CCAGACUGCGGCCGACGCAGCGUCACUCAAGACCUAAACCUGAUAAACAGCCGCCACGAGCUCUCGUGAGCCAUUAUGACGAUGGAACCGAUCGGCGUGGGCAGCCAGUUUGUAACCAGCACGUACAGCAUGACCAAGGAUGUUCCCGUGUUCAGCAUCGCCUGUCCGAGCCAGCAUGCUCUUCACUCUGGCCAUCACCACACCGGAAGCCUACACCAGGUGCCUUCCGACCACGCUUCACCAGUUUGCAUCGACGAUGACGGCGACCUCCUUCUGUUCACCGACACGAACAGGUUCUUCAGUGACGAAGCCAAGAGACUACUGGCCUUGCGUGGUAGGCUUCGUGGAUUCGACGAUGACGAACCAGCGCUGUAUUCGGACAGUUCCAUGGGAUCGGGGACUGGCGGUGGAACUGCUACGCUCGGACUUGGGGGGCUGAAGAGAAAACACGGCGGUGCCGGCGACGAGAUCAUAUCUGCGACGCCAGCGCCAGCUUCAGCAGCAGCAGCACCUCCGGUAAUCGUCAAGAAGCGAAGACUCGCCGCGAACGCCCGUGAACGGCGGCGCAUGCACGGCCUAAAUGUUGCCUUCGACCGACUGCGUCAAGUUGUGCCUUCCAUCGGCGACGACCGCAAGUUGUCCAAGUUCGAGACACUUCAGAUGGCUCAGAGCUAUAUCACGGCGCUCACCGAUCUGCUCGUCAGAGACUGCUGAGGAAAACAUGACCCGUCAUUCCCGAAACAAUACUAUUGUGUGUCGCUGUUGGCGCAUGAAAAGGGCCCAUAUUCGCAAAGAACGUCUUACGUUAGAAUUGUUCAUAAGGGACAGUCUCAGGCAAUCGUGAUCCUGAACCUAUCGUUCACCUUCGCUACAUUACAUUAGCGAAGGCGACCAGCCGAUGGCGAAAAUUAAGAAUGCUAACGAGCAAGAAGCUUUGUGAAUACGGUCCCAGGACUUUGUGCUGCAGACAACCAGCUAUACGCUACCCAGCUUCAGAGGCCGUAUGCCGCAAUGCCCUACAGCCUCGUUAUUUCACUGAAUCACACUUCCUCAGAAUUUGUUGAUCGAGCUGUCAAUAAGUAGGCGAAUAUUGAGUAAUGCAGACAACCUGAAUGUCAAAGCUAGGUCUUAUGCAUGUAUGGCUUCUUAUAAAAUGCGUAUUUGACAAGCGGCAUAUCUGAAUAAGGUGAAUUUCAAAUCAGGAUAAAAAUUCUGCCAUGCUCAUUAGAAAUUCCAAGAGGAGAUGCCAGUUACAAGUUCUAGUGUACGGACUAAACUUACGAAACUUCAUUAGAGUAUAGCUUGGAAGCUUAAGUACACGACUCGGGUGCUUGUUUAGUAAAGGUAGCAGCUACUGCUUUGCGCAGUUCUGUAGAAGUAGCGUACAUCGACAUUAUUCUCACUCCGAAAGCGGAGCUAAGUUAGGAACUACUGGCAAAAUCUUGUGCGUCCUUCGGGGCAAAAAAAGAAAAAAAAAGUGAAUACGCUUUGUGUCUUUAGGUCAUGUGUCUGUUCGCGCACCUCUGCGUAGAGCCUGAGUUUAUUUGCCUAAUC